AUGAUUGUAUACAUUUUCUACAAUAUUAAAUAUGCACUUCUGAUAGGAGGAGGCAGAGAUUACAUUGUUAGAAAUAAUGUGUUUAUUAAAAAUACUAAUGCAGUCAGAACUGAUUCGAGAUGUGCUAAUGGAAAGAACCCUUUGAUGAUGAAGAAUCAUUUAACAUUAUCAGAACGAUAUUAUAAAAUCAAUGGAAAUCCAAAUGUCACAGGAUAUUUACCUCCAUAUUCAGAUAGAUACGAGAAUAUCUCGAAGAUUGAUGAUUACUAUAAGCGAAGGACCGUCGAAUAUCCAUUGAUUCCUCCUUCAGUUAUUUAUUCAUAUAAUGCUUUUUAUAAUAACACAAGGAAAUUCCUCAAUCCAUCAAAUAUGAAUGAAGUUUACUUCGACAAUAACAUUGAUGCCGAUGAAUCUGAUUUUGCCGAUUUUGCUAAUGGAGAUUACUCCAUCAAGAAAGGGUCAAGACUUAACAAACUUGGUUUUGAACCAAUUGACAUGAACAAAAUCGGACUAAUCAAGGAAAGUGGAAAAGGAAAAAUUGUUGCAAUUUCCAUUGUUGCUGCUUUAUUUAUUAUUGCAGUAAUUGCCAUAAUAGUAGGAAUUAUUGUUUCCAAAUGCAAAAGCGAUGAGCACUCAACUGUGACCAAAUCAGUUGAUGCUUAG